UAUAUGGUUAUAGAUUCCAUUAUAUUAUUUUCGGUCUAUAUCUAUCUACUCUACAAAGCAAAACAAUCUGCUACUGCUACUGCUACUGCUACCGCUUUUGCUUCAAGGGGAACACCCCGUGUUUUUCUCAAACGGAGGCGGAGUCCUCCUCCUCGCUCAACCUCAACACAAACUAUGUCUAUUUCUCCUUUCUAAUAUUCGCUUCCUCCCUGGAAUCCCUCACGAAUUAAAGCCUAUCAUAGUAGCCAGGAAGAUGAGCGGAGCUGUGCUCGUGGCUGUUGCUGCUGCAAUCGGUAAUUUAUUACAAGGAUGGGAUAAUGCUACUAUUGCUGGGGCUGUUUUAUACAUAAAGAAGGAAUUCAACUUGGAAAGUGAACCAACUAUAGAGGGGCUUAUUGUGGCCAUGUCACUCAUUGGUGCCGCAUUAAUCACUACAUGCUCUGGUGGAAUAGCAGAUUGGCUUGGUCGCCGUCCCAUGCUCAUAAUCUCAUCUGUCCUCUAUUUUGUUAGCAGUCUUGUAAUGUUAUGGUCCCCGAAUGUUUAUAUCCUACUGCUAGCAAGGCUUCUAGAUGGGUUUGGAAUUGGUUUGGCUGUUACUCUCGUUCCAAUCUAUAUAGCUGAGAUGGCUCCAACUGAGAUAAGGGGUUUAUUGAAUACUUUGCCUCAGUUUACUGGUUCGAGUGGAAUGUUCUUGUCGUAUUGCAUGGUUUUUGGAAUGUCACUGAUGAAUUCACCCAACUGGAGGUUGAUGUUUGGGGUUCUUUCUCUUCCCUCUUUCAUUUAUUUUGUAUUAACAGUAUUUUACCUGCCUGAGUCUCCAAGGUGGCUUGUGAGCAAAGGUCGCAUGCUUGAGGCCAAGCAGGUGUUGCAGAGAUUGCGUGGCAGGGAAGAUGUCACUGUUGAAUUGGCUUUGCUGGUCGAAGGUCUUGAAGUUGGGGGUGAAACAUCUAUAGAGGAAUUCAUAAUGUGCCCAGCCAAUGAACUCACUGAUGAUCAGGACCCAACUGCUGAAAAAGAAAAAAUCAGAUUAUAUGGGCCUCAACAAGGUGUCUCCUGGGUGGCUCGACCUGUCACUGGGCAGAGUACUCUUCGUUUUGCAUCUCGCCAGGGAAGCAUUGCAAACCAGAUUGUGCCCCUUAUGGACCCUCUUGUCACCCUCUUUAGCAGUGUCCUUGAGAAGCUUCCUGAGACAGGAAGCAUGCGAAGCAUGCUCUUUCCACACUUCGGCAGCAUGUUCAGCAUUUCAGGGCAGCAACCUGAAAAUGAAGAGUGGGAUGAAGAGAGUAUUGUCAGAGAGAGGGAGGAGGAUUACACAUCUGAUGCUGCUGCAGCUGCUGAUUCUGAUGACAAUUUGCAGAGUCCAUUAAUUUCUCACCAGACAACAAGUUUGGAGAAAGACAUGAUCCAACCGGCUGCCCAUGGAACCAUUUUAAGCAUGAGGCAUGAUAGUCGCACACAAGGAAACACUGGAGAACCAGUCGAUAGCAUGGGCAUUGGUGGGGGUUGGCAGCUGGCAUGGAAAUGGACUGAGAAAGAAAGUCAAGAAAGAAAGAAGGAAGGAGGAUUCAAAAGAAUUUAUUUGCAUUUAGUUUCUCUUCCUGGUGGUGAUGUCCCUGCAGGUGGUGAGUUCAUCCAGGCUGCCGCUUUGGUGAGUCAACCAGCUCUUUAUUCCAAGGAAUUUAUGAGUGAGCAUCCAGUUGGACCAGCUAUGUUACACCCAGCUGAAAAAGCAGCGAAAGGGCCAAGUUGGAGUGACCUUUUCAAACCAGGAGUCAAGCAUGCGUUGGUUGUUGGGGUGGGAAUUCAAAUACUUCAGCAGUUCUCUGGCAUAAAUGGGGUUCUCAAUUACACUCCACAAAUUCUGGAGCAGGCAGGUGUUGGAGUUCUUUUGUCAAAUAUGGGAAUCAGUUCAACUUCAGCUUCUUUGCUAAUCAGUGCCAUCACGACCUUGUUGAUGCUUCCUUGUAUAGCUGUUGCCAUGAGGCUCGUGGAUGUCUCUGGCAGAAGGAGCUUAUUGCUUAGCACAAUCCCUGUAUUGAUAGCAACCCUUGUUGUUCUUGUGAUUGGAAAUUUUGUGAACAUGGGAGCUUUUGCAAAUGCAGCCAUCUCAACUGCUAGUGUUGUGGUCUACUUCUGUUGCUUUGUCAUGGGAUUUGGGCCAAUCCCAAACAUACUAUGCGCAGAGAUAUUCCCAACCAGGGUUCGUGGUCUCUGCGUUGCCAUAUGCGCCCUUGCAUUUUGGAUUGGAGACAUUAUUGCUACCUACUCACUCCCGGUGAUGCUCAACUCCAUUGGCCUUCCUGGUGUUUUUGGUAUGUAUGCUGCUGUGUGCAUCAUAUCAUGGCUUUUUGUUUUCCUCAAGGUUCCGGAGACCAAGGGCAUCCCCCUUGAAGUGAUCACUGAGUUCUUUUCUGUUGGUGCCAAGUAGGCAGCUGCUUCCAGGAACAAUUGAGUUGAUCUGUGUUUAAAGGUUUUGAUGGGUGUUCUAAAUAUGGGAUUUAUUUGGUUUCCCUUUUGUUUGUUUGUUUGUUUGUUUCUUCCCUAUAAAUAUAAAAAUUGUGAUGGGUUUCAUAGUUUUGAAAUCUUUAGGAAAA